AUGCUGGUCCUCCUGGUGCAGCUCUGGGCCCUGCAAGGAGCCACCGGCCUGAGUGUGCAGCAGGCACCCAAGGUGCUGCAGGUGAGGCAGGACAGCCGAGUGACCUUGGCCUGCCAGGUGGUGCAGGCCCCGGCCUGGGAGCGGCUCCAUGUCGAGUGGACCAAGGACGGAGACACUCUGUGCCAGACACACAUCACCAACAGCAGUCUCAGCGUGGGGGGGUGUGGGCCCUGGGGACGGCUCUCCUGGUGGCCACCUGGCCACCUCACCCUGCAGCUGGACCGCGUAGGCCUCAAUGACAGCGGGUCCUACGUGUGCUGGGCGACCAUGGAGAUCCCCGAGUUGGAGGAGGCCCAGGGCAACGGGACGCAGCUCCUAGUGGAGGAAACAGGAGGUCCCAUACGGGGUAGAGGGGCUCUUACCCUGAAGGGGUGCAGGAAGCUGGACUCAAAGGUGAGCACCCCUCGAGACGUAGGUUUCUUCUCUGCAGACGGCUCGCCGCUGAACCUGGACCAGAGCUUCUCAGGGCUCUUUCUCGCGCUGCUGGUGACGGGGGCUGUGGCUGUGGCCGCUUUCGCUCUGGGCGCCUGGAUCUGGGGCCGCCGCCGCCGCCGGCACACGGACGCAGGGAAUCCAGUCUACAGCAAUGUCCUAUACCGGCCCCGGAAGACCCCCAAAAAGAGUGAGGCAUGGUCUGUGGAGGGGAAGGUGCUGGACAUCCCCAGGGAGGAUGAGAAUGGCCAAAGCUUCUAUCUGAUCUCUUUUCCCCAGCCCCCCACCCCCAAGCGGCAUCUAGCUCCCAAAUCCUGCCCCAGUCCUAGGCCCAGUCCGCCCAUCUCUACAGUCAGAGUCUCUCCUGGCCCAGGCUCCUCUGGGCAGCCAAGGCCAAGAGCGUUCCCGGGAUUGGGAAGGGGAAUCAGAACCCCCAGACCCAGAGAGGGCCCCCCAGCAGCUGUGACGGAUUCCAAGAGGAUCAGGGAGUCCAGUAGCCCAGCCUGAGACCCCCAUCCUUAUUUCUGUGAGGCUGGACCUCUCCCUUGCCCCCAGAACACCAAAUAAAAGCUCGUAAAGAAAGCAAAGCCAGGAUUUGUGGCAAUUUGGGAAUGCUGAAGACAUCAGUCAUCUGAGGGGGGGGGGCCU